GACGAGCGUCGGGAUGCCUUGGCCUCCCUUCACACCUCUGCAUUCCGCGGACCACGCCAGUCACGCGCUGGAGAUUCACAGGCCCGAGCCAGACCAAAGUUUUAGGGAAGGGUGGAGAACCGUCCACCACCCUAAGAUUUUUUUUAUUUCUUUAAAAGCCGUAAGCUAAGUUACUGAGUGGAAGGCGGUAAGGAAGUAAGUUUUCAGUGUGAUAAUCUGUUUACAGUAGGUUCUAACUAAGACGUUCGUCAUCUGAAGCCAUAGAUACUGUAGAAACUUAAGAAAGAUGCAAGUCUGGAAUACUGAGGACAGUUGUCGGGGUGACGAGGGCCACACUUAUAAAGAAGAGCGAAUGUGUGUACUUGGUCUAGUUCCAGCUGCUUACGGGGCUGCAAAACCCAGGAGGACCUUGCCUUCCAGGUACCAAUGUACCAGAAUAAUGAUGUGAACAGCCCUCUUUUUUUUUCUUUUUUGGCAAGUACAAAACUCUCAUCAAGAGUUUUUAAAUUGUAUUUCAUAAAAUAAAGUAUGGUGACACUGAAACCGAAGGAGAAAUUUAUAAUUCCUUAGUGCAAUAUUUUGGUGAUAAUUUGGGGCAAAAAGUUAAAGCAAUGCCAUUAGUUGAAGAAACUUCUUUACUUGAAGAUUCAUCAGUGACUUUGCCUGUAGUAGUAAUUGGAAAUGGACCCUCAGGGAUCUGCCUUUCUUAUAUGUUAUCAGGCUACAGACCAUAUUUAUCAUCAGAAGCAAUACAUCCAAAUACAAUCUUACAUGGUAAAUUACAAGAAGCAAGACAUCUUUCCAUUGUAGAUCAGGACUUAGAAUACUUGUCUGAAGGUCUUGAGGGCCGAUCAUCCAAUCCAGUUGCAGUACUUUUUGACACACUUCUUCAUCCAGAUGCUGACUUUGGGUAUGACUAUCCAUCUGUUUUGCAUUGGAAAUUGGAGCAACAUCAUUAUAUCCCUCACUUAGUACUUGGUAAAGGUCCACCUGGUGGAGCUUGGCAUAGUAUGGAAGGCUCCAUGUUGACAAUCAGCUUUGGAAAUUGGAUGGAGCUACCUGGGCUUAAAUUUAAAGACUGGGUAAACCAGCAAAGAAGAAACCUAAAAGGGGAUCGAGUUAUGCCAGAGGAAGUAGCUUGCUACUAUAAGCACUAUGUAAAAGUCAUGGGUCUUGAGAAGAAUUUCAGAGAAAAUACUUACAUUACCUCUGUGUCAAGGCUCUACAGAGAUCAGGAUGACAAUGGUGGUCACAACAGAGCUAUUUCAGCACAGCAUUUACAGAUCGAGAACUCCAAGUUGAUCAAGAGAAACUGGGAGAUCCAGGGUUAUCAGCGAAUAGCAGAUGGUUCUCAUGUUCCCUUCUGUCUCUUUGCUGAGAAUGUAGCUCUGGCAACUGGAACAUCGGAUUCUCCUGCCCAUCUGGAGAUUGAAGGGGAAGAUUUUCCUUUUGUGUUUCAUUCAGUGCCUGAAUUUGGAGCAGCUGUAAGCAAAGGAAAGCUACAUGGCAAAGAGGACCCAGUGUUAAUUGUAGGUUCUGGACUUACUGCAGCUGAUGCAGUACUGUGUGCUUACAACAGUAACAUCCCUGUGAUUCAUGUGUUUCGCAGACGAGUAACUGAUCCAAGUUUAAUUUUCAAACAGCUUCCUAAAAAGCUGUAUCCAGAAUACCAUAAGGUCUAUCAUAUGAUGUGUACUCGGUCAUAUUCUGCAGCUGACUCUGCAGACUCAGAUCUUUUAUCUGACUAUACCAGUUUUCCUGAGCACCAUGUGCUCUCCUUUAAGUCAAAUAUGAAAUGCAUCGUUCAGAACGUCUCUGGAUUGAAGAAAAUAUUUAAACUUUCUGCAGCAGCAGUAUUGAUAGGUUCUCAUCCUAAUCUGUCUUUUCUGAAGGAGCAAGGCUGUUACCUGGGCCAUAACUCAAGUCAGCCAAUCACUUGUAAGGGUAAUCCUGUGGAAAUAGAUGCAUAUACCUAUGAAUGUGUUAAAGAAACCCACCUUUUUGCAUUGGGUCCUUUAGUCGGAGAUAAUUUUGUUCGAUUUUUAAAGGGAGGGGCCCUGGGUAUUACACGCUGCUUAGCAAUAAGACAGAACAAAAAGCAGCAUUUAUUUGUUGAAAGAGGAGGAGGAGAUGGAAUAGCUUAAAGCAGGUUUAUGAGUAAUUUAUAUGGACAGUUUACCAUUAAAGUUUUUAACAGUGUUUUUGCAGUGUACACUUUGCGGUAUACUUGAAUUUUCUGGACUUGAAUUAACUGGAGGAGAGUCUCAAGGUAUAGUAACUAUUUUUUAAAGUUACAAGAACUCAGUGUUCUGACUUAUACUGUAAUAAAGCAAUUUUCAACCUUUUUCAUCUCCUGGCACAUAAACUAAUUACUAAAAUUCUGCAGCAUACCAAAAAUAUAUAUUUUUUGCUGGCCUGACAAAAAUUAGGUAAAAUUUUGAUUCAUUUACAGAAAAAAAAAGAAUAGUAAUUACCUACCCUUUUUGCUCCAAAGUGACUUUUUAAAUUAUCAGGUGCCUAUUCUUGUAUUUAAGAAUUUCAGGUACUAAGAAUUAACCAAUCAGAUGCAAUCUUAUUAUGCAACAUGAACAAUAAGAUGCAACUCUGUUAUAUGACCUUAACAUUUAUGGUUCAAGACAGGGCAUUCAUACCAGACAACUGUUGUUGCAUUGGCUGUUGUUGUUUUUUUAUUUGCCAGUCUAAGGGGAAAAGGUGCUCCUGACUUAAAUAGCCAGGUAUCUCAUGUUUUAAAAAUCAAAGGUGUCAUUGUCAGACAAAUGGAAACACUGCCAAUUUGGUAUACUUUAAGUUGUCACCUAACAGAAACAUUAUUUUCUUCCAAGAACUUUUUGUGAUCAUUUUUGGUUGCUAUGAUUGAUUCCAUAACAUUAUAGCCUGAAAUUAUAAAAUCACACAGUCAUCAGGCCAAAAGUUGCCCUCACUACAUAUUGGGUCAUCUUGCUAAUUAAAAGUGUAGUCCAAAACCCAGCAUCAGCUCCAUCUGUCGCUUGUUAGAACUGUAGACUCCAGACCCCAUCACAGACUUACUGCAUCAAAAACUGCACCACAACGAGAUCCUCAAAGAAUAUGUAUGUUCAUUAAAGGUUGAGACACAGUGGUAUAAAAGAAAAUGGGAUAUGAGAUGGGUUGGGGAUAGGUGGCAUUUACAACUCAGGUUUUAUUUUGAAAUUACCAACUAUAUAAAUCUAAUUUAUUAGCAAAUAUGAUCUUUUAACAAUAUUUUUAUUGAAAAUUUGACAUACUUCAUAUUCUUAGCUUCUAGUAAUUUAAACAGUCCAAUACUGUUGACAUACACUUAGACAUCCAGGAACUUGCCAGAUAUUUUUUUGGAGAUUUAUUCUCUACUUAACAUAUUCUAAUUUGCAAUUCAAUAAAUUUUUAAUGGAACUAUUUAUCCCUGUGUAAAUGAUGGCUUAAUUUCUGUUUAAGUACUGCUAAUAUUAUAAUACUAUUUGGGUAUUGACAAAAUUAUUAAAAAUUAAAGUUGAAAAUCAGGUGAAAUCUGUCUUCUGUUCCCAAGAUUCCAUUGAAGUUUGUUCACAGGUGACAUGGUAGCUCAUUUUAUGGUUAUUUAUUGAAUUGUGUGCUCUAUCUUAACUUAUGUUUAUUUAGGUAUGCUUAAUGUUUGUAUUUCCAUACAAAUCCCCAGAAUUUUAGUGCUAGACAAAAAAAGUCCUUUGAAGUCUUCCAUGGGAAACUGAGUUGCUCAGUUUCUCUCUCUUUCCAUAGAAUUUAUUUCAUCUGGAAUGUGUUUAUUGAAUGUCUAAAUAUUCUAUUUUUUCUUAGUAUUA